UAUUGUAUUAAAUUGUAUAUCAUAAUGAGGUAGGCCUAUAACAACAAUAAAAUAAUGUAGAUAAGAAAACGACAAGUGAGUAUCGUCAGUGAUUCAUAUUUACCUCUCCGGUGCGGACGCAAAAUGUGGGUGUUAACAUUUCUUCUCAUUACACUAAGUGUAACUUGCAAUGGCUAUAGGAUUCUUGUUGCGUUCGCGAUGCCCUCAAGGAGUCAUUCCAUACUCGGUGAUGGUAUUGUAAACAGAUUAGCAAAAGCAAACCAUGAGGUUACUUAUAUAACACCAUUCCCCAAAAAUAAGCCUUUAGCCAAUAUCAGAGAGAUCGAUAUCAGCGAUAAUCUUCAGAUAUCUGAAGAUGACGUAAGCAAUAUACAAGCAAUAAUGGAUAAAAAAAAGGAUAUGCAAAAUCUAACUGACUUCAUUACUACAAUCACGGAAGUGAAUUCAAAGGCCAUUGAACAUCCAAACGUAUACAAGGUCCUCACCGAUCCAAAAGAGGAAUUCGAUGUUAUUAUUGUAGAAUGGUUAUUUUCUGAGCUACUGGCUGGACUCUCAGCAGUUUUUAAUUGUCCAUUCAUCUGGUUAUCACCAACAGAUCCCCAUUCAAAAAUUUUGAAAUUGGUUGAUGAUAUCGCUAACCCGGCCUACAAUCCCGACAUCAUUUCUUCCAACUAUCCACCAUUUUCAUUUACUCAGCGAGUAAAGGAAUUAGCUUUCAUGUUGUUCGGAUUAGGACUGGAACAUUUUACCUUAAAUCCGAUACAGUUUAAAGCUUAUCAAGAACUCUUAGUACCAAUUAUACAAAAACGAGGCAACAAAGUCCCGCGUUUUGAAGAUGUGUUGUAUAAUGGAUCACUGAUUCUUAGUAACUCUCAUUAUUCAGUGGGGAGAUCUCUUAGGUUGCCUCAAAAUGUUAUUCCAAUUGGAGGAUAUCAUAUCAGUCGUGAAGUCAAACCGCUACCAGAUGAUUUGAAGAAACUUUUAGACAAUGCGAAAAAUGGAUUAAUUUACUUCAGUAUGGGAAGUAACUUGAAGAGUAGGCUAAUGCCGGAGGAGCUGAAGAAAAGCCUACUUAAGAUGUUUGGCACAUUAAAGUAUACAGUAUUAUGGAAAUUUGAGGAAAACCUUCCUGGAACUCCAAGUAAUGUGCACAUCGUACAGUGGGCUCCACAACAGAGUAUUUUAGCUCAUCCAAACUGCGUUCUCUUCGUAACUCAUGGUGGUCUUCUCUCAACAACUGAGACAAUUCACUUUGGAAAACCCAUCGUAGCAAUUCCAGUUUUCGCGGAUCAAUUUAACAAUGCGAAUAAUGCAGUUAGGAAAGGAUUUGGCAUAAAAGUAGAUUUGUCUUACACUAUGGCUGAUAAUUUAAAAGAAGCUAUAGAAGGCGUUCUUCAGAAUCCUAAAUAUGCAGCGAGAGCCAAAGAGCUAUCAAUGAUUUAUCAUGACAGACCGGUUACACCAGACAAGGAAAUGGUGCACUGGGUCGAACACGUUGUGAAAACUGGUGGUGCCCCUCACUUGAGAUCACCAGCAUUGGACCUACCUUGGUAUCAAAAAUUGUAUUUAGACCUCUUUGGUCUUUUAAUCAUACUUAAGGUGUUGUUGUAUUAUAUUUGUAAAAAAAUUGUUGGUCUGUUUUUGAAAGACAAAACUAAAGUAAGUAAGAAGAAGAGACAAUGAUUUGUUUGUGAUUUUUUAUUAAAAAUGUUAUUGUGGAACGUGAUUCUUUUUUAAACAAAUUCUUAAUAUUCAUUUUAGAAAUGGAAUGUCAUUUCUAAACAAAAUCAUACCACGUUAUUCCGUUUGUGCUUUGUGAUUUUCUUACUACCCUUUUGUUAAUAAAUACGAGUAUAAUUUAGAAUCCUUAAAGUUAGCAGUUUUGUACCCUUAAUGCAAAAAAGUAUUAUUAAAGAUAAUGUACAUGUAUAUAAAGUACCCUAGGUCUUUAUUUCUAAAACAUCAUUAAAAUUAAAAUAAAUUAUUUUUUAAUGAU